GGUGAACGACAGCAUCCUGUUUGUGAACGACGUGGACGUGCGAGAGGUGACGCACAGCACGGCGGUGGAGGCGCUGAAGGAAGCCGGCUCCAUCGUGCGUCUCUACGUCAUGCGGCGUAAGGCCCUGGCCGAGAAGGUCAUGGAGGUGAAGCUCAUCAAGGGGCCCAAAGGUCUGGGGUUCAGCAUCGCGGGGGGUGUCGGGAACCAGCACAUCCCCGGGGACAACAGCAUCUACGUCACCAAGAUCAUCGAGGGGGGGGCCGCCCACAAGGACGGGCGCCUCCAGAUCGGGGACAAGAUCCUGGCGGUGAACAACGUCAGCCUGGAGGAUGUGAUGCACGAGGACGCCGUGGCCGCGCUGAAGAACACGUACGACGUCGUCUACCUGAAGGUGGCCAAACCCACCAACAUGUACCUCAACGACUCCUACGCCCCGCCCGACAUCACCACCUCGUAUUCCCAGCACCUGGACAACGAAAUCAGCCACCAGAGUUACCUGGGGACCGACUACCCCCAAGCCAUGACCCCCACCUCCCCCCGGCGCUACUCCCCCAUCCCCAAGGAGAUGAUGGGGGAAGAGGACAUACCCAGGGAACCCCGCCGGAUCAUCAUCCACCGCGGCUCGACGGGCCUGGGAUUCAACAUUGUCGGGGGUGAGGACGGUGAAGGAAUCUUCAUCUCCUUCAUCCUGGCCGGGGGGCCGGCUGACCUGAGUGGGGAGCUGCGGAAAGGGGACCAGAUCCUCUCG